AUGGGCCUUGGUAUUGUGGAGGAUAGUGCUCUGGCUCAUGUGCCUGGCACAUCCGAUAUUCUUCAAAGCGAGACUUCUAACGAACGCGCUACCAUCAAUCCCAACCUCAAGUACGACCGCUCGGGAUCGGUCCCUAUUCUACUCGUCCCUCAACCAAGCGAUGACCCUAACGAUCCAUUGAACUGGCCGCUCUGGAAGCGUGAUGUCACUCUGCUGGCUCUAUCUUUUGUCUCGGUUCUUUGUGCAACGACCAGCUCUCUGAUGGCUGCCAACACCGUCACCAUUGCCCUCCAUUACGGCAAGAGCUUCACCUCCGUUGCCCUUCUCACCGGUUAUCAUCUUUGCGGUGUUGGAGUCGCCGGCAUCCUGAUUGUGCCCACGGCGCGGGUAUGGGGCAAGCGCCACUUGUUUCUCCUGGGGAAUCUACUGAUGGUGGUGAGUUGCGCCUGGGCCGGUGGUAGCCAAAACAACUACCAAAGCCUGCUGUGGUCUCGCAUUUUCCAAGGAGUAGCCCUGGCCCCAUUUGAGGCGUUGGUAAACGCAUGUGUUGGGGAUUUGUUUUUCGUCCACGAACGUGGGAAACGAAUGGCUUUAUCCAAUGUGGCUCUCUUCGGGGCUGCCUUUCUCACACCAGUGCUGGCUGGUAAAAUAACGCAUUCUCUCGGAUGGCAGUGGACUUUCUACCUCUUGGCAAUUUUUACUGCGGCAGCCCUACCCCUGACUUUCUUUCUAGUCCCCGAGACAGCGUUCAGGCGCCCCGAUCAUCUAAACACCGAUUUUGAAUCUUUUCGUGAACAGCAGACCGAGAUCGGCGCCAAUGCCCCAAGACGGAGCAAUGAUUACACAAUUUCAAAGGAAAGUCACCCCCUAGGGGAACAGCAAAAGCACGCCCGCGCCAGCAAUCCCGACUCUUCUAUGGCAUCGUCCUGGAAUGAAAAUCCUACUCGACAGGAGACGCCCUCGAAGGCGUCUUACCUUCAGAGUCUGAAACCAUUUAACGGGAGAAAAACCGAUGAAAACUUCUUCAAACUUCUCCUGAGACCAUUUCCCCUUUUCUUUCACCCUGCCAUUCUAUGGGCCUGCUUAAUUCAAGGCGCCAUUAUCGGAUGGACGGUGUUUAUCGGGGUUGUACUGGCUGCGAUCUUUCUAGGCCCUCCGCUAUGGUUUAACGAGGUCCAGACCGGGUACCUGUACACCGGCGCCUUUAUCGGCUCCAUUCUAGGCUUGAUCCUUUCCGGCCUUCUUUCCGAUCCAAUGAAUCGGAUCAUGGUCAAACUCAAUAAAGGCAGGUAUGAGCCCGAGUUCCGCAUCCUUCUGGUGCUGUUCCAACUGGUUUUCUGCGGCGUCGGGCUCUACGGAUUCGGCAUUGUAGCCGAGGAUGUGGGCAGGUAUGGGUGGUUGGUGGUCGAUGUCUUCUUUGCAUUCGUGGUUAUCGGGAUGGUGAUGGGGGCUGUUGCUAGCGCGUUAUACAUCGUCGAUGCACAUCGAAAUAUUGCCAUCGAGUCGUUUACAUGCAUGUUGAUCUUCAAGAACAUUUUCAGCUUCAUCUUGACCUUUUUUGCCUACGAUUGGCUUGUAUCCAAUGGGAUCCGACCGGCAUUCCUGGCCAUAUCUAGCAUCCAGAUGGGCAUCUGCGUGCUGAGCAUUCCUAUGUAUAUACUCGGCAAGAGGAACCGCUCCUUUUUCACGCGACAUGAUAUUUUGAAGAUUCUCCGUCUCUAG